AACACAAAACCCUCUCUCGGAGCUCGGCGAGUUUAGGAGAAAGGAAUCUUGCAAUCGGAGAUGGCGAACAACAUGGUGGCUACGGCGAAUAAAUCACCGGUAGAGCUACUUCAAGAGACCAAAGCCUACAUCGAGGCCAUCUUCGAGAGGAUGCUCUCAAUCAAGCAAAAAGGAAAACCCAAAUCCGAGAAUCGAGAACUCCUCACUCAGAUGUUUCUCAACUUCAUCAAUCUGCGAAAAGCGAAUCGCGCGAUUCUUGUAGAGGAAGAGAAAGUUAAAACUGAGACUGAGUUAGCAAAAUCUCCGGUGGAUUUCACGAUUCACAAUCUCAUGUAUGAGAAGAGUCAUUACCUCAAAGCUAAUAAAGCUAGCAGAGAUUUCAAAUCUAGGUAUCCCAACAUCGUCAUAUCUGAACUAGAGUUCUUCAGUGAAGCUCCUGAAGCAAUCAAGUCUCAAACUCUUUCAAAUGAUACUUCUCAUGAUUUGAUGCUUAAAAGACUCAAUUUUGAGCUUCAUCAGAGGAAAGAACUAUGCAAGCUUAGAGAGAGGUUGGAACAACAUAAGAAGAGUUUGGUGGAAAGUAAUGAAGAGCGUAACAAGUUUCUGUCAAGUCUUCCAGUGCAUCUCAAAUCUUUAAAGAAAGCAUCUUUGCCAGUACAGAGCCAGUUGAGUUUGCCGGAUCCGAAGAAGCUGAAGUAUCAUAAUUUAGCUGAGCUUCUUCCUCUGCCGCUUUAUGUUAUAUAUUCGUAGUUCAUGGCACGAAAGGAAGCUUUUGAAGAGAAUAUAGAUCUCGAGGUAUCUGGGAGCCUUAAGGAUGCUCAAACUUAUGCCCGGGAGCAGGCAGAACAGAACUCAGAGAGUCUAAGAUUGGAGGAUGAUGGUGAAGAUGAUGAUGGAAAAAGGCAAAGGAAACGACCCAAGAAAGAGGGUUCUGAUGAGGGAGGACUAUAUGAGAGUCAUCCUCUUAAAGUUGUCCUUCACGUAUAUGAUGUUGAGAUUCCAGAUCCGAAAUCCGAUAGACCUGUCGUGCUAAAGUUUGAGUACUUGUUGAAGUUGAACGUUGUAUGUGUUGGCAUUGAAGAGUCUCAGGAUGAACUUGAGAAAAGUAUACUAUGUAACUUAUUUCCAGAAGAUGCUGGUCUUGAGCCUCCUCAUCAGUCAGCAAAGCUCAUUCUUGGCGAUGAUCAUUUAUUUGAUAUGAGCAGAACUUCGAGACCAUAUAAGUGGGCACACCAUUUGGCGGGGAUUGAGAUUUUACCUGAGAUGUCACCAUUUUUUACUGACAAGGAUACUCAGACUAGUGGUACAGCUAUAGACUAUGCUUCUGCGUCUGAUCACCGCAAUGUGCAAACCGUUCUGGAAAGAAUACGGUCCCAGAAAAAGGCUAAGCUAACUCUUGUCUGAGUCACCCCACUCAGUAUGUUUUUGCCCAUCUUUUUGACAGUAGUAGAAGUUCUUAUAUUUGUAAGUCAGUUAGUUGUUGUAUCUGAAUUUGAAGACUGUCUUGGUAUUUGUAAACUAUGCACACAUUGUUAUGUUAUAUUGAGGCAACGAGAAGAAAUAAACGGAAUGAUAUAUGCGGCGUUUUAUUAAUUAACAAAGACCGACCUCUGAAGCAUAGCAAUUACAAAGUAAAGAGAUUCUUGAUGGUCCUGUGUAUGUAUAGAGAGAGGUUACAAUCUUAAAAAUGAGAGCUCAACUCAACACCUAAGAUAAGUAUGACCACAAGAACUUAAUUCACCAUUGAUUUCACCAGGACCUUAGUUCUUGCCAACAAGAUGAAUAAAGUCACUAGAACUUUUUUGAUGAACAUCUUUAAUCUCUGAGCCACCUCAGGUCAUUUGGUUACAUUCCAGUAUAUGGUUGGGCAAACAUAUAAAUUCAAUUCACUAGGACGUUUACUACACAAUGAGAAACUAAGCCAGCUCUGCAAGAGUUUCCAGGAGCUGCUUAAACCCCAAACAACAUGCAUAAAACUAAAAGGACACAACAGCAGGGCAUUUAGUCUACUAAGUUACAGAUGCGGCUCUGAUCAAGAUUUUGGUAGCUGUAAUGUGAUAACUAAUAAUCCUUAUUUCCUGAUCUCUAGUUAAAAAUUAGUUGAAAUACUUUUCACCCUCCUGACGAAUCUAGUUCUCAUCCUGGACAAAAUGUUUCAAGCACUGAUGUGUUCUUCAAAAGAAAUUAAAACAAAAUUGCAACAGAAGUACCUUUGAGAAGGAAAUGAGAGAACAUGUCCAAGGGUACAUAAAAACGCAUCUUCCAUUUCAGCAGGAUUUGGUGUUUAUAUUCAAUUUGAAUGCCUCUUUGUCCUGAAAGACUCUUAUCACAGAAAUUGCACUACAUAGCUGCAUUAGAGAACCAAGGACAGAUGAGAAAAAACACACUCCAGAAAAGGAUACUCUCUCUCUCUCUCUCACUGCACAAAAGGAAUAGACAGCUUGACAUACAACAGUGAACAUUUGGCAUAGAUCCUAAAAUAAGAGAAAAGGAAGAUGCAUGAUUCUACACCAGCGACUAAUAAGCUAGAUAGUGUCUUAGAUUCAGCAGAGAAACUUCUGGCAUACUUCAGACUUACACAAGCAAUCAAGAAUCAUACUACACUCAUACUGCAGAUUCAACAGAACCAAAAAUCAUGCAUUAACUCGAACAGUAGAUUCUAACUUCAUGGUUAUAGUGCUUCAGUUGUGUACAUAAACAACAGGGCAUUUGGUCUAGUGGUACGAUUCUGGAACAGUGUAAAUCCAAACAAUAUUUAGACAAACAAGAUCAUAAAACUAAUUCAAGAAAAUGUAGGACGAGAAAGACUUCCUCUUCUGAUUGGUUUGUGGUGGAAAAGGUUAGAACACUUGUAAAAAUAUCUAACUGGAAUAUAAUUAGAGUACCAUACAAACUAGAAAUUAUUAUACGGAGUACAAUACAAACGAGAUAUCUAUUUUCUAGAGGAAAAACCUAAAAAAUACGCCAUCUAAUUUUUUAUGAAGAUUAAAAAUAACCCCACGUGGUUAAUUAGUUGCAAAUAAAGACACUGUUAUCCUUUUAUUUUCCCCCAAAUCGAUUUGGGAUCUAAAAACCCUAAAACAAAAUUUUUUCAAAUCCCGAAUGGGUUCUUUGAUUACCUCAAAGCGAUAUCCAUUGUCACCUUACCAACCAUCAAAAUCACCAUCAAAACAACCAAUGUGAAAAGGAAGAAACUCAAGUCUCUAAUGAAACAUUUUUUAUCGAUCUUAACUUCUUUGUCCGCAACACAAAGCGAAACAAUCCCAACAACAACAAAAGUUACAAAUACGGCACCACCCAAGACGUUAUUAAGACCCACUUCUCCUUUGUUCGAACCAACAAAAGCAGCUAUACUCGCAAACACAUCAGGCGCGCGGUUACCAAGUGGAAGCAAAGUAACACCAACAACAGUUGGAGGUAACUUCAAAAGCUUAGAAAGCUUCUCCAACGAACAACAAAAGUAAUCAGCAGCAGUAUUACCCAACAUAUAAAACG